AUGGAAGAGGAGGCGAGGAAGGUGGUGGUGGUGGUGGAGCCGCGCGGUGAAGAGGAGGUGAGGAGCGGUGAGGAGCGCGCGGUGAGGAGCGGUGGAAGCGAACAACGGGAAGCCCGCCCCUUUAGAAUACUACCUAUUGAGGCGGGCAACUUAAAGCCCCCUUCAACAGGUUCUGUAGAAGCGAACAUAACAAAAGCCCGCCCCAACCACAUGCUUAAACCUGGAAGUUUAUUGUCAACAGAAUGUGGUUCUCCAAGCUAUGUAGCACCUGAGGAAUUGAAUAAGAAAACUUACGAUGGAGCAGCUGCAUAUGUCUGGGCUUGUGGAGUGAUCUUAUUUGAGUUGUGUGUUGGUUAUCUACCAUUCACUGACCCCAAUCUAUUGAAUUUGUACACAAAGAUUAUAAGCCUGCUGCAGGAAUGCUACACAGAUGAUGUUCGAGCAGUUUUUGAACCUGAAAAGGUAAUGACUAUAUACAAGAAACACCAUUCAAAGAUGAACAUGCUAACUAAAUGCCAAGGCUUUUUCUUUCAGGGAAGUUCAGACGAAAAAAUUUUCCCUGAAACUCAAGGAUUUAUCAAUGCCUUCCAACUGAUCGCAAUGUCUAGCGACCUUGAUUUGUCAACCCUAUUUGAAGACACGAUGAAAAUACAACUAAAAUCGAAGUUCCGUUCAUCUUUUAGCCUGUUGGUUGAGGUGAUUGAAGUGGCACCAACAAAUUGUGUUGUGGAAGUACCAAAACCUGCUGAAGAAGCAGGAAUAUAUAAAGAGGUAUUUUCAGGAUUCUACCCCUGAUAUUUUCUUACUCUUUUCUUAAAAGUGUAAGAAAAAUGCUGAACUAGCUAUUUUGUGUGUGUGUUCUGAAACAGU